UUCGUGUUACUGAAUAAUACCCUACAGAGACAGUGAGAGUGGUAGAGAGAGGGGGGCAAAAAGCAGGGGAGGGAGAGAGAGAGAGAGAGAGAGGGAGAUGAGCAUCUUGUUCCAAUGAAACAUCAAGCAGUGUGACGAUGACAGCGAAAGGCAGACAUAAAGCGGUCCCCUUCCCCCUGGCCCACCGGCUCACCAUGAAGGAGGUGUUCGACGCCGAGGGCCGGCCGCGGGUGGACAUGCUGAAAGCUCAUCUCACCAAGGAGGGCCGACUGGAGGAGGCUGUGGCCCUGCGCAUCAUCGAUGAGGGUGCCGCCAUUCUGCGCCAGGAGCGCACUAUGUUGGACAUUGAGGCGCCAGUCACGGUGUGUGGAGACAUCCAUGGCCAGUUCUUUGACCUGAUGAAGUUGUUUGAAGUGGGAGGUUCUCCUGCCAACACACGCUACCUCUUCCUGGGGGACUAUGUGGACAGGGGCUACUUCAGUAUUGAGUGUGUGUUAUACCUGUGGUCACUGAAAAUCCUCUACCCAAAGACGCUCUUUCUUCUACGGGGAAACCAUGAAUGUAGACAUCUGACCGAAUAUUUCACCUUCAAACAAGAAUGUAAGAUCAAGUACUCGGAGCAGGUGUAUGAAUCCUGCAUGGAGGCGUUUGAUUGCCUGCCCCUGGCAGCCCUGAUGAACCAGCAGUUCCUUUGUGUGCAUGGGGGGCUUUCACCAGAGAUCCACACGCUGGACGACAUCAAAAAGUUGGACCGGUUCAAGGAGCCCCCAGCGUUUGGGCCCAUGUGCGACCUGUUGUGGGCCGACCCCCUGGAAGACUUUGGCAACGAGAAGACCCAGGAGUAUUUUGGCCACAACACAGUCAGAGGCUGCUCCUAUUUCUACAGUUACCCAGCAGUGUGUGAGUUCCUACAGACCAACAACCUGCUGUCAAUCAUCAGAGCACAUGAAGCACAGGAUGCUGGGUACCGUAUGUACAGGAAGAGUCAGACUACAGGUUUUCCCUCCCUCAUCACCAUCUUCUCUGCUCCAAACUACCUGGAUGUCUACAACAACAAAGCGGCGGUGCUGAAGUAUGAGAACAAUGUGAUGAACAUUCGUCAGUUCAACUGUUCUCCUCAUCCCUACUGGCUUCCCAACUUCAUGGACGUCUUCACAUGGUCGUUGCCUUUCGUGGGAGAGAAGGUGACUGAGAUGCUGGUAAAUGUCCUGAGUAUCUGCUCUGACGACGAACUCGUGAACGACGGAGAGGAAAUCUACGAUGCCAGUGCAGCAGCAGCAAGGAAAGAGGUGAUCAAAAACAAGAUCCGAGCCAUUGGGAAGAUGGCCAAAAUGUUCUCUGUUCUACGGGAGGAGAGUGAGAACGUGUUGACCCUGAAGGGACUGACCCCUACAGGCAUGCUGCCCAGCGGAGUGCUGUCUGGGGGCAAACAGACCCUGCAGAGCGCUACCAUUGAGGCCAUAGAAGCCAUCGAGACAGUUAAGGACGCUGAAGCCAUCAGAGGCUUCUCCCCGCAGCAUCGGAUCAGCAGUUUCGAGGAGGCCAAAGGUCUGGACCGGAUCAACGAGAGGAUGCCACCGCGGCGCGACGGCGUCAACAGCGUGGGCCUGUCAAUGGGCCGCAUGAACAUGGGAGAGCCCAACGGGACAGACAGCAACAGCAACAGCAAUAUACAGUGAUGGACAUACACUCCCACAUGCCCAAACCUGCAGUUACAACACUGAUAUGGUACCAUAUUUAUAAGAUACCUGUACAUAGGCAUAUAUACACCAGAAAAAAGGCAUCACACACAGACACAGUAUUUCAUUCACUCAAUAGGAUCACACAACAUCACACACAUAUGCAAACAGACACACAUGAUUACUGCCCCCCUUCCCAUUGCCCUCAGCUGUAUGUAAAGGCAUGAGUGUACCUGGACGUUACCACCAAAGGCUGAGUCUCUUCACUGUACUGAUCAGCCCUAUUUAGAGAACUACAACUCCCAUGUCACUGCACAACAACAGGAAAAGAACUACGAAAACAGUCCCCAUGCUAAACAGGAGGAGCUGCAGAUCACCUCGUAUGUUGGAGAUCACCAGUGUAGGCAUGACGUGGCUGUGUCUGUGGCGUCUGUUGUGUCAGGCGGGGUCAAGUGUUUGCACGUGGGGGUGGGGGGGUUGUUAGUGUCGAUCAAGGUUGGGGCGUUAAAGAUUUGCCUGGUUAUUUUUCCUGUUUGCAUUGCGAAACAGGAAAUGGAACCAAACCUUCUAUGGGUAGAUUGUGUCGUGUUCUUUUAUCCCGAGAUAUGAGAAGAGCCUCGGUUUGGUUCAACAAGUAUUUAUUCAGAAGCAAUGAAAAGGUACAGCAUAGCUAUGUGCACAUAGCUAUGGGCACUCAAUACACAGCC